UGAAAAGUAAGAAGAACCGGACGGAUGCCAUGACCAUGAGAGUUGCCUACAUCUUCAGCACAUCCAUCUCAUUCCUUCUCUUGCUUAUCUCCCUUGCGCUUGCAAAGGAUCAUGGCAUCAGCUACCUUGGACCAGGUUCCUCCAUCUCCACCAACAGCAGCAGCAACAGCACAACCACCACCAUCCUUUUAUCGCCCAGCGGUGCUUUCGCCUGUGGGUUCUAUAGGGUGGCCACCAACGCUUUCACCUUCUCCAUCUGGUUCACCGGCUCAUCAGGGAAGACCGUCGCUUGGACGGCUAACCGCGAUGUGCCCGUGAACGGUAGGGGAUCUAGGCUCUCCUUCCAAACGGACGGGGGCUUGGCCCUGCUUGACUACGAUGGCACGGCCGUCUGGAGCACCAACAUGAACGCCGCUCGUGCAAGCCGAGCAGAGCUUCUCGACAGCGGCAACCUUGUCGUCGUGGAUCAGGACGGUCGGCAACUUUGGAAGAGCUUCGACUCACCGACCGACACGCUUCUGCCAUCCCAGCCCAUGACCCGGUACGUACAGCUGGUAUCUGCAUCUGCCAGGGGUCUGCUCUACACAGGGUUCUAUACGUUGUACUUUGACAGUGACAAUCAGCUAAAACUCAUCUAUGAUGGCCCCGAGAUUAGUAGCAUAUAUUGGCCCAACCCUGCCAACAAACUGUGGGUAAAUCAGAGGAGUGCUUACAACCGUAGCCGCUAUGCUGUUCUUCAACAGACAGGCCAGUUUUUCUCGAGUGACAACUCGACAUUUGAAGCUUCUGAUCUUGGUGAAAAGGUCAUGAGGAGGUUGACUCUGGAUUACGAUGGCAACCUUAGGCUGUAUAGCCUAAACGCAACAAGCGGCGAUUGGUCAGUCUCUUGGAUGGCACUCCACCGAGUCUGCGAUAUACAUGGACUCUGUGGCCAAAACAGUCUCUGCAAAUACAUACCAAAGCUCGAGUGCUCUUGCCUCGAAGGCUUCGAGGUGGUUGAUGCAAGCAACUGGAGCAAAGGGUGCAGGCGCAAGGCAAACAUAACAGCCAGCUGGGACGACCGGAGAAGACAUGAGGCAAACAACAUGGCCACUUUUUCGUUCAGUAAGCUCGCACAAACUGACUUUUACCAGCAUGACUUGGAGUACGCAGACUCGGUGCCAUUCUUGCAGUGCAAAGAGGCAUGCUCGGACAAUGUUGAUUGCCAAGCUUUUUCGUACCGACGAGGAGAAGGCAAAUGUUAUCCAAAGGUCUCUCUUCUGAAUGGCAAGAACUUCCCAGACCCUUACAAUGACAUUUAUCUGAAAGUUCCCAAGGGAGUGAUGUCUACGUCAGAAUUGGCUUCUACAGUAACCCACGAAUGCAAAAUUCAUGAAAAAGAAGCAGACACUUCAUCGCGGAUGUUCAAGGGUGCCAUUUCCAAGUUCAAGGUUGGCUACUUCCUUUCUUCAGCAUUAACGCUGCUUUGCAUCGAAGUAGCUUUAGUCAUCGCUGGUUGUUUGGUAGUUUACAAAUGGAAGAUAGGACCAGAGGUUACAGAUGAAGGUUACAUGAUAAUAUCCAGCCAGUUCCGAAUAUUUAGUCACAGUGAGUUACUGAAAGCAACCAAUUGCUUCCAGGAAGAGCUAGGAAGUGGUGGGUCAGGAGCAGUUUACAAAGGAGUCCUUGAUGAUGAAAGGACGGUUGCAGUGAAGAAGCUAAACGAUGUGAUCCAUGGAGAGCAGGAGUUCAGGUCUGAGCUAAGUGUCAUAGGCAGAAUUUAUCAUAUGAAUCUGGUCAGAAUGUGGGGGUUUUCUGUCGAGAAGACGUGCAAGCUCUUGGUUUCUGAGUUCAUCGAGAAUGGUUCUUUAGACAGAGCUCUAUUUGAUUACCAAAGAAUAAUCCCUGUGCUCCAAUGGAACCAAAGGUAUAAUAUUGCACUUGGGGUGGCAAAAGGACUGGCCUAUCUCCACCAUGAGUGCCUUGAAUGGAUAGUGCAUUGUGAUGUCAAACCAGAGAACAUAUUGUUAGAUAAAGACUUUGAGCCCAAGAUUGCAGAUUUUGGACUGGUUAAGCUACAAAAGCGAGGAUCAAGAGCACUGAUGUUGUCAAGGGUACUUGGGACCAGAGGAUAUAUUGCACCGGAAUGGGCUCUAAACCUUCCAAUCACUGGCAAGGCCGAUGUUUACAGCUAUGGAGUAGUUCUUCUUGAGUUAGUGAAGGGGGUUCGGGUUUCUAGUUGGAUGGUCGACGCUGAGGAGGAGGUGGAAAUGGCUGUUAGAUGCUCUACUGAAAUUCUUGAAGAGAAACUAGCAGGCGAAGACCAGUCAUGGCUUCUGGAGUUUGUCGACCACAGACUGGAUGGAGAAUUCAACCAUUCGGAAGCGAUAGUAAUGCUUAAGAUAGCAAUAUCAUGUGUGCAAGAGGAGAGGAGCAGAAGACCGAGCAUGAGCCAUGUGGUCGAAACUCUGCUUUCACUUGUGGAAUAAUGUUCAGUGUAGUAUUUACUAUUGUUACAUCUAGCUGAUGUAAGAAUAAUAUUAUGUGAUGUUGCAGAAAAGGCAAGCCUUUCCUUGCCAUAUGUGGAGAC